ACGCGCCCCUCUUUCUCCUCUUUUCAUCGAUUUCUCAAAUUCCCCUAACUUCUCUCUCUCACAUCGAUUUUCUCUUCUUCUCUCUCUAAAUUUCAGUUUCCCUUCGUUUCUUCUUUCUUCUUUCUUCUCUCUUUCUCCAUAUCCAUAUAUAGACCCAAAAAAAUGUCGUCGCCCGGAACCUUUGGUAGCGGUGGUGGGGGAGGCGGUGCUACCGGCAAUCAACCGCAGAAUUAUCACUGCUACCAAUGUGAACAGACAGUCACCAUUACGCCAUCGCCAAACUCCGAACUCACAUGCCCUAAUUGCAACGGUACGUUUCUAGAAGAAUCCGAAACCGCUCCACCACCUUCUAACCCUAAUAAUCCCGAUAAUUUUCCCUUCUUCUCCGCCGCCACUACCGAUGACCUUCCCUUCGGCGGCGGUGGCUUUCCGAUUGCUUUCUCCUCCAGUGCCGCUUCCCCUGCCGGCGGUGCCGUCGCUUUGGAUGAUCUCUCCGCGCUACUCAGCGGUAUCUCUGGUGGUGCCGCCUUCCCCAGUCGAUCCCCCAAUCAAUUCGAUCCAUUCGCUUUCCUCAACAACUAUGUGAGUACUAUGAGGGCCGGUGGUGCUAAUAUUCAGUUAAUCUUUGAGAACCAUCCUGGCGGUGGCGGUGGUGGUGGUGAGUUUAGGUUUCCGGGGAAUUUCGGUGACUAUUUCCAUGGGCCUGGGCUUGAACAAUUGAUCCAACAGCUUGCGGAGAAUGAUCCAAACCGUUACGGUGCACCUCCAGCUGCGAAAUCGGCUGUUGCUGGGCUUCCGGAUAUUAAGAUCACAGUGGAGUUGUUGGAUUCUGAUUCAUCUCAAUGUGCUGUUUGUAAAGAUACUUUUGAACUCGGUGAGGAAGCGAAGCAGAUGCCUUGCAAACAUAUAUACCACAAGGACUGUAUAUUGCCAUGGCUGGAGUUGCACAAUUCUUGCCCCGUUUGUCGCUAUGAAUUGCCCACCGAUGAUCCUGAUUAUGAGAAUAGGAGAACAUCACAACAGCAGAAUGCAAAUUCGAAUGCCAAUAAUAGUAGCAAUAACAAUACCAACAACAACAAUAAUACUGGUUGGGUAUUGGGGGGUUCAGAAGGUGGUGGGGAAAAUCAGGAGAAUUCUCAUACACCUAGGACAGUUGACGGGAGGCUUAGGAUACCAUUACAAUGGCUUUUCAGGGGACUUGGAUCACCUGCUGAGACGAGCAAUAGUGGAGGAGCGAGCGGCAAUGAUACUAACAAUAGAAACAACGACAACAACCGUACGAGCAACAAUGCUCGUGGUGAGGAGUCAAAUCCAGGUUCUGGAGGGCAAGCACGGCAGGAGGAUCUCGAUUAAUUAAAGUAUGGAACAGAGUUAUGAGGUUGUAUGUCCAUAUUUGUUACAUUAAGUUUUGUGUAUGCUAGUAUCUGAGAAUUACAGGUGCCCCAUCCUUGUAAUAUAUGGGAAUUUCGGGAAAUAAUGUUUUUGAUUGUUUGAGUUGUUGAUCAUUUGUUUUAAGUUAGCCUCGGAGUCUGUGUUUUAUCGAGUUAGUUAAUUUGCUUU